AUGCAUUGUCUCAGGGCCGACGCGCAGUUAUCCUGCCUGCCAGGAAGCUUCGACAACACCCAGGACCAGGCGGCACGCCGGGCACACGCCCGCGCGCUUGCCCUCGCUGCGCAGGCCCGCUUCCUUGUCGAAUCGAACAACACCGCCGAGAGGUGCGGCAUCACAGCCCUCUCUGUGGUGCGUGCUGGCAGCAUCAGUGGUGUGCUCGACAAGCGGGACUCCCGCUCUCUCAAGACCUGGGAGUGGAAGCGGAGGUUCUUUGUCGUGGCAAAAACUGCCACGGGAGGCGUCCUGUUCUACUUCAAGCACGAGCAGAGCACAGAGCCGGCGGAGGCCGUCGAACUCUCGGGCAAGACGGGCGCGGCGCGGGUGUCGGUGGAGCCGUCCGACGAUGGCGGGCCGCAGGCGCUCAGACUCGAGCUCUCGAACGAGCGGACGCUGCUGCUGCGCGGCGGCGGCGGCGGCGGCCCCGGCUGGAGUGUCGCUGCGAUGCAGCGGCUCGACCUCACGUCGCUCGACCAGCUGCUGCCCGGGGUGCGCUACCAGACGGAGAGCGGCAACGACCUCGUGCUGACAGACGAGGGAGCCGUCGUCCUCGCCGGGCAUGUGGUCAUCGGUGAGGCCCCAGCACCGGCGGCAGCGACGGCGAAGGAGGCGGCGUCUGGCCGUCGAGUGGGCGGCUCGUCGUGCGACGACGACUCGGCAGGGGCGAAGGCCGCCGCUGAGAGGCCGGCAGGGCAGGCGGGCCGCGGGCGAGUUGCAGAGGCGCGCGCCGCCCUGAGCGCCGAGGGGGGCGACGACAAGUGCGACGACCCCAAGCGAGGAGGCGACGACCUCUCCGCGGAGGAGGCGGCGAGGGCGGCGGGGGAGGAGGCGAGGGCGGUGGAGGCAGAGGCGGCGAGGGAGGCGAACUGGGUGGUAAGGGCGGAAGGGGCGGUGUCGGCGGCGGCGGGAGCGGUGCUGGCGGCGGCGGGGAAGGCGGCGGAGUUGGCGGUGGAGGUUGGGCCGGCAAGGGUGGCGGUAGCGGAGGCUGGGGCGGUGGGAUUGGUGGAGGCGAUGACGGCGGUGGCGGCGAGGGCGGUGGCGAUGGAGGCGACGACGGCGACGACGGCGGGGGCGGCGGCGGUGGAGGCGUCGAGGGUGGUGGCGGCGGUGGCGGUAGCGGAGGCUGGGGCGGUGGGAUUGGUGGAGGCGAUGACGGCGGGGACGGCGGGGGCGGCGGCGGUGGAGGCGUCGAGGGUGAUGGCGGCGGUGGCGGUAGCGGAGGCUGGGGCGGUGGGAUUGGUGGAGGCGAUGACGGCGGGGACGGCGGGGACGGCGGCGGUGGAGGCGUCGAGGGUGAUGGCGGCGGUGGCGGCAGCGGAGGGGGCAGUGGCUUUGGUGAAGGCGGCGGUGGUGGUGGAGGCGGCGGAGGUGGUUUUGGCGGCGGAGGUGAUUUCGGUGAUGGAGGUGAUUUCGGUGACGGAGGUGCAGGAGGCGGCGGCAGCGCGGGAGGAAGUGGCGGUUGCGACGGCGGAGGUGGUGGAGGCGGCGGAGGUGAUUUCGGUGACGGAGGUGGAGGAGGCGGCGGCAGCGCGGGAGGAAGUGGCGGUUGCGACGGCGGAGGCGGGGGCGGCGGGUUUGGUGGGUCGAUGA